CCUUGGAAGAACUCUGGUGGCACUCUCAGCCGUGUAAGCUCCUGGACUCCCCAGUACAUGGAAAAAUGCAAGCUUUGCCAGACGUGAAAGCGCCGUGUGAGGCACUUCCUUCCCCCAGCCUGGAGCCCUACCCGCAGAGCUCCAUUGUGGUCACCCUGGAGGACAUGGAUCUCUGGAUGAAGUUCCACCAGAUAGGGACUGAGAUGAUCAUCACCAAGUCUGGCAGACGGAUGUUUCCACAAUGCAAAAUCAAAGUCUCUGGCUUAAUCCCAUAUGCCAAGUACCUCAUGCUCGUAGAUUUUGUGCCAAUGGACAACUUCAGGUACAAGUGGAAUAAAGACCAGUGGGAAGUUGCUGGAAAAGCAGAGCCCCAGCUCCCCUGUCGCACCUACGUCCAUCCAGAUUCCCCAGCUCCUGGCAGUCACUGGAUGAAAGAACCUGUCUCCUUCCAGAAACUGAAGCUCACCAACAACACUCUGGACCAACAUGGGCAUAUCAUCCUCCACUCCAUGCACCGUUACAAGCCUCGCUUCCACAUUGUGCAGGCAGAUGAUCUCUUCAGUGUCCGCUGGAGCAUCUUCCAAGUCUUCAGCUUCCCUGAGACUGUCUUCACUUCUGUUACUGCCUACCAGAACGAGCAGAUUACAAAGCUCAAGAUAGACAACAAUCCAUUUGCUAAAGGUUUCCGUGAGCAUGGGAAGAACACCCGAAGGGAAGGACGAGCCAAAUGCCAGAAGCCCAGUCCAGCCAAGGGCCAGAAGAGGAAGCUGCCUGAGGAAAAGGAGCCUGGUGCUGAGGAACGUGAUUUUGAGAAGGAUGAGAAUGCAGAUGUGAAGGAGGAGGGUACUCCCGUGGUGGUGAGCAGUGGAUUCCCCUUCUGGGUGUCAGAGCAGAGCGGCAGCAGCUCCUUCCCUGCAGCGUCACCAGUGCCUGCCGACCAGAGGGAGGCUCUGCCCAGGGAGCAGCAAGUGCCCACUCCAUCCUACCAGACGUACCGGUUCCACGAGGCCGGGGACAGCCAGCAGCUUCCCCCCCGCGACGGCCCGGCCGGCAGCGAUUUCCGGGCACGGUGCCACCCGCUGGAUCUCGCCACGGUGCCCGAGCACGACUCCAAGCAGCUCCCCGAGGGCUUCAGCAACCUGCCUCCGCUGCCCCCGCCUCUGCCUCCUCCCCAGGACUACACAGGAGUGGUGAACGUGGCCCUAGACUCGGUGGGGAAGCCCGGGGCCCGGGCACCGAUGUACGGCCCGUACGGCCCCGAGCAGGGCCUGGGGCAGUGGAUGGUGCCGGCCCACAGCCAGUACCGCGCCAUGAGCUACUCGGCCUUCUCCACGGAGUACAACACACAGGGGGCUGCAGGACAUGCCCACGGGGCCGUGGCAGAGUGGAGCCAGUACCCUCUGUUCCCCUAUGCCUGCUGGUGAGCAGGGAAGCGCUUCCCCGUGAAAGAACUGAAAGAAAAUUGUAAAUGAGAUCGGCUUUGCUCUGGGGUGUGGACCUGUCGAAGCCUUGCCUGUGCUAGGCAAAGAGGUGUUGCUGCAAGAGGUAGCGUGGACACCUUCACUUCCUUGUCUCCUUGCACAACACCCUCGCCAUAUUUCACAAGCAGUGCUAAACUGGUGGCUGCUCCAGCCGUGUCAGUGUGGGUCUGGCCGAAUGUGUGUUCUGCAGUGUUGUUUGUUCCCAGCAGGAGUGGGAAACCACAGGAGCUGCAAGAGCAUUUUCAAGAGCAAGUAUUUCAAGAGCCGACAAACUCCCAGUCCUAGGCUGGUUUGCAUCUCGCUUUUGGCAAUUUCCAAAAUCCCAUCCUCCCAGGACGUGUGUGCAAGGAGACAGGGGCUGAGUUUCACUAAGCCACCCAGGUGGCCAAGGAGCUGUAGAGAACUAUGACAAAGAUGAGCAGAACAAGCAAUCCCGUUGCCUCCGUGAGCAGUUUCCUCACUUAGUGUAGUCCGACCAAAGCUAGAGUCUUGCCUUCCUUCCAGCAGCAAACCAAACCAAAUGCAGAGCAAUGCAUGUGUGUGGAACUCGGCAGUGAGUCGUGCAGGCAGGGAGGAACUUGUCCUGUGCAGGAGAGGCAGCAGCAAGGCUGUGUGCUGUGUCCCCUCUGCCCACCCUCUCCUGUCACCCCUAGAUCUGAGGUCAGUGAAACUCCUCUUUCUGCUCAUGCUGGAGGGAGGCUGUUAACAGAGUGUGGGGGAUGCUCUUGGGGCUUCCAAAGGCCUGGGACUGUCAGAAACAGCCAUAGACACCAGUGCUAUUGGGGUCACUCUGACCUUUUCCUUUUGAAGGAAAAGAGAUCUUUCACUUCAAAUUUCUUCCUUCUUCCCCCCUCUCCCACCCCCCUGGAGGAUACAGCCUGUAGUGCUGGUCACCGCACUGCUUUGAAUGACCUCUGUCUGCUGACACUUGUCCCCUGCUCCUGGGCAUAUCCUUCAAUUCAUACCCUUAGGCAGGGAGCUGGUGCUGCAGAGCUGCUGUGUGAGCACCUCCCAGGCCGGUUGGGAAAGGCAUCCUGCUGCUGUUGGGGCAGACUGCAGGGAUCUGACUGCCCCAGAGCAGUGUCAGCUCCCUCCUGUGUGUCCAGCAUGGGCAGGGGUGGUUCUGCCAGGAGCAGCCUGUGUGCUGCGUUGCAGAUGGGAUUUCUUUGCAUCUUUGUUUUAGAAGGAGGAGUCAUCCCUGUUUGCCCAAGGGGCAGAAUGGCCCUGGCAACAGGGUCUUGUUUGAGACAGACUUUUUGCUUCUCAGGGAGGACAGACAUGUUCCUAGGUGUUAUUUAGGGAAGGUUUCCUUGUCACGCUUUGAAUGCAGUGCUGUGUGGCCUGUAGCCGUGGGCAGGCAGUGAGGGGUGUCACUGAGCACAUGUGCCACGUGGCUUCCUCUGUGUGACAUGUGUGCAGCAGAUGUUGUCCCUGAGCAGCCCUGGGCAGGUUUGUGACUGUGCACUGAGCUGUUCAGGCAGCAGGUCACACUGUGUGUAGGUAGAGGUGUCGAGUCAUGUUUGUUGUUGUUUAAAAUUACUUUGAAAAGUAGCCCUAAACGUUUGUGAAACAACUACAGUGAUUGCUUCUUUAUUUAAAUAGGAUAUUACUAACUGCUUUUGUACCACAACUGUGAUAUGUACAGAGCAGCCAAGCCCUUCCCUCAGCUCCACAAGAUGUGAUGAUGUGCAGUGUUUAAGUAACGGUCUGUGCCCAUGACACCCACCAUCCUCCCCUCUGAUAGCACCUGGCCAGCAGUGAUUGCUGCCUGCUGUGUCUGACAUGCAGCUGGAUGCAAGUGACACUGGGGAGAAAAAAAUGGGGAGGAGAUUGUUUAUGGCCCCAGAAAAUUGCGAUUUCCUGCUGUCCAAACACCAGCUGCAUGAAGACAGGUCAGGUGUAAAAGGCUCUCUGGAUGAAAAAGCAUUGUGAGUAGCUGAUUUUGCCACCACCAUUUCCCACAGCUUGGAAAUCAGAUGAAGAGGCUGCUGGGGAGUUGGGGCCUGAGCCCCAUGGGCAGGGCCCCAGGGUGGGACUUCCCAAGGCAGCCCUCGUGCCCCCUCUGAGGGCUGGCAGUGCCAUGCUUACCAGGAAGGAGAAGACAAUGCAUUACCUCACAGCCUCCUGGGUUAGAUCUGUGUCUUUGAAGUUGGGUUGUAUUUCCCUCUGUCACAGAGUGCUAAGGAGGAUGAAAAUGGUGCUGUGGUGAGUGUAGCUGGGAAUUGGGCAGCAGGUGGAAACUCCUGGGUGAAUAUGGGUGUAAAGCUGUUCUUCACAAACCCUCAGAGUAGCCUUGCAAGUGCUGCUGCCCCUGGGGCCUGUGGUGGGGCAGGUUUGGCAGACAGCUCUGCACCAGGGGAGAGACAGCCCUGUGCCUAGCACAGCUGUGAGUCACUCUGGUGAAUGCCCUCAGGUGCGCAGGACUCCGUGCCCUUCUCCAGUGAAUCAUCUCGCUUAGAAAAGCACUUUUACAGUCUCUGGUUGGAGACUGUGGCUGGGCUGCUUUGUGAAGCCUUUGGAGAUGGUGCCUGUAGGUGUGUGCUCUGGACUCUGCCGCUGCCCUCCCUCCUCUGCAGUUCCCACUAUCUUGUUUUCUUCAGCUGUGGCAUUUGAAAGUCUGUAUGAGCCGGACUGCAGCGCUGGUUUUGCACGCGUGCCAGGUAAUGUACUGCCUCUCUGACAGCUUCAAUAAAGGGAAA